GUUGAUAUUUAACAAGGUUGCUGGUAAGCUACGGGGACGAUAUCUAAUGGCAUCCUGCAUGGGAAACUGUGCCAAAACUCUAGCAAGUGAAAUCGGAGGUUCUGAAGCUGUUGUGGUAACAAUUAAAUGGGAAGAUGUCAACCAACCAGAAGUUAUCUAUGAUCAACCGUUCUCCUUCUCAAGUCUUGAGAAAUUUGUGCUGGAAUCAUCUGAGAAAAUAUUGCCUGAGCUAACAGUGGUAAACCUGCCAUAUUACUUCAAAAAGAAAUCUGUCUUUAUGAUUUUGUUUCAUGGAUUUGAUCAGUAUUCCGAUUUGGCUGAAGAAUCGCUAGCAGACAUUUCUCAUGAUAAAACGUUUCCAGAAGUCCAGUUUUGUUGGCUGGAUGUGUAAGUUGCUGCUUU